GUGCCGCAGUUGCAGUCGGGGCACGGCAUUCGUUCAGUGACUUCCAGUGGCAGCACAUCCCAUCUCAGAUCACAACAGAUCGCGGCUCGGUUCGGCACUUCAAUUGGAAUCUGUUUUCCCACCACAGCGAACGAAAGUGAGACAUCAGGUUAAUCGAGCGUGUAAUUUGUGCGACGUUCGCGGGAUUUACGAGCCACUUCAUCCAGCUAAAUGCCCGCUCGCAGCCACAUGAGGCAGCUGCGCUGGGUGGCCUGCCUCCUGGCCGGCCUCUGCCUCAGCGCGUGUCGGGCACAGCUGCCGGGCACAGGCUUCGGGCAGCGCCAGCAGGGAGUCCAGCAGUCACCGUUUGGAGUGCGCCAACCCCCACUGGGCCAGAGCCAGGGUCUCUUUCCGGCACAGCGCAGUCCGCUGAAUCCGCUGGUCAACCCUCUGGCUCCGCCUCUGGCCGGAGCAGCUCUCCAGAAUCCCUAUCGAUACAACCAGUACCAGCAGCAGAACUAUGUGCCCAUCACGGCCUACCAGAACGAGCUCAAUCUGGACGGCAGCUUCUCCUACGGAUACUCCUCUGCCGAUGGCACCACGGCCCAGGCCCAGGGCUAUGUCAAGAAUCUCGGCUAUGGCGAGGGCGUUGAGGCACAGGUCAUUCAGGGCUCCUACUCGUACACCUCGCCCGAGGGCACGCCCAUUACGGUGCGCUACAUUGCCGAUGAGAACGGAUUCCGAGCCGAGGGCACGGGCAUUCCAGCCACUCCGCCGCCGUACUUUGUGGGCGCAGGACAACAGCCUUACCAGCAGCAGGGCGUGCUCAAUCCCAAUCUGAAUCCAUACCAGACGCCCUUCCGCCAGCUGCCCUCACCGCUGGCCACGACUCCUUUUCGACCCCAGGGACCAGGACAACAGCCGCUGAAUGCAUUGCAACAACAGCAACAGCAACAGCAGCAGCAGCAGCAGCAGCGAAACUUCCAACAGCAGCAGCAGCCAAACUCUGGACAGUAUCAGCCGGAGCAGCCGUUCAAUCAACUCCAUUCCGGACGCCUGCCAGCCCAGUAUGCCGGGCAAUUUGGUCAGCAAUUUGGCAGCAAUCUCACAUCCCAGCAGGCCCAGCAGAAUGCCAACAACCAGCAGCAACAACAGCAGCAGCAGCAGCAGCAACAACAGCAGCAACAGCAAAAGGAGCAGCAGAAUGAGCAGCAGCAGCAGCAGGCGUUGAUUACACAACAAUUGCGGGGCAGAUCGAACCAAUUGGUGGAUCCCUAUGGUUACAAUCAGUAUGGCAGACGCUUCAAAAAGUCCCCGAAGAAGUGAUUGCUCCCAACGAAUUGACCAAAUUGAUUCUUACAUUUAGUGCAUCUACUUAGUCGCGUUCAAAGGCAUGAAAUACAUGCAACAGAAAAGUCAAA